UCCACCAGGCAGCUUUCUGUGCAAACUUUCCCAGCCUAGAAAGAGAGGAAAGAAGUCAGCUGCUAAGAGCCAGCUGCUGCUACUGGACUAUUUGCAACCAUUCCUGGAGGGCUCCACCACUUUGGUCACCCUGCCUCAGGUUUGAAGCUUGGUCCCACACAAAAAGAGUAACCUUGAAGGAGUUCAAAAAGAAUGUGACAGCUAAUGGCAAGGUGCCAGUAUAUUAUAAGGUAGGGCCCUUGUCCCUGCAGAAGAUGGCUGCAGAACUUUAUUCUACCAGUGCUACUACCAACAUCACAAACAGUAAUUCCACUACCACUGCUACCACAAUCACUGCAGCCAAUACCAAGAAUAGCAUCCUUCAUCUUCAUCAAACAGCACAAUCUCCACCACCAGCCCAAGUGCAAAACCUUAACAACAACUUAGAAAGUACGAACUGGCAGUCAUUCUAUCCCACUCUCCGAGAGAGGAAUGCAAUGAUGUUCAAUAAUGAACUCAUGGCUGAUGUACACUUUAUCAUUGGCCCUCUGGAGGCAUCAAAGCGAGUUCCUGCUCAUAAGUAUGUGCUGGCAGUUGGCAGCUCUGUCUUCUAUGCCAUGUUUUACGGCGAUCUUGCAGAAGUCAAAUCUGAAAUCCAUAUCCCUGAUGUGGAACCCGCAGCUUUUCUCAUCUUGUUAAAGUACAUGUAUAGUGAUGAAAUUGACCUGGAGGCUGACACUGUGCUUGCAACUCUUUAUGCUGCCAAGAAGUAUAUUGUUCCAGCUUUAGCAAAAGCUUGUGUCCAUUUUCUGGAGACUAGUUUAGAGGCAAAAAAUGCUUGUGUUUUGCUCUCCCAGAGCCGACUCUUUGAGGAACCUGAAUUGACCCAGCGUUGCUGGGAAGUGAUUGAUGCUCAAGCAGAGAUGGCAUUAAAAUCAGAGGGAUUUUGUGAAAUAGAUCAACAGACAUUAGAGAUUAUCCUGACCAGGGAAUCACUAAACACCAAGGAGGUAGUUAUCUUUGAAGCUGUUCUGAAUUGGGCAGAAGCUGAAUGCAAAAGAGAAAGUUUGCCAAUUACACCAAGAAAUAAGAGGAAAGUGUUGGGAAGAGUUUUAUUUUUAGUACGAAUUCCAACUAUGACACUGGAGGAGUUUGCCAAUGGUGCUGCUCAAUCAGAUAUUCUAACCUUGGAAGAGACACGAAGCAUAUUCCUCUGGUACACAGCUACCAAGAAACCACAGUUGGAGUUUCCACUGACAAAAAGGAAAGGCCUUGCUCCUCAGAGAUGCCACCGAUUUCAAUCAUCUGCAUAUCGGAGCAAUCAGUGGAGGUACCGGGGACGAUGUGACAGCAUCCAGUUUGCGGUAGAUAAAAGGAUAUUUAUUGCGGGACUCGGAUUAUAUGGAUCAAGCUGUGGGAAAGCUGAGUACAGUGUGAAAAUUGAACUUAAACGGUUAAAUGUUGUUCUUGCUCAUAAUCUGACCAAGUUCCUCUCAGAUGGAUCCAGUAAUACAUUUUCAGUCUGGUUUGAACAUCCAGUUCAAAUUGAACAAGACACAUUUUAUAAUGUUAGUGCCAUCCUGGAUGGUAAUGAACUUAGUUACUUUGGUCAAGAGGGAAUGACUGAAGUUCAAUGUGGAAAAGUGACAUUUCAGUUCCAGUGCUCCUCAGAUAGUACCAAUGGCACUGGAGUCCAAGGAGGACAGAUUCCGGAGCUCAUUUUCUAUGCAUGAGACAGUUUAUGAGGAUUGUAUUUCAAUACUGCUAUGCACAUGAAAGGGACUUGUUCAAAACUAGAAAAUUCUACAGCUGUUUCAUGUUCAGCUAUUACAUUGCUCUUAAAAUAGCAGCCUCUCAGACUAAAUGAAAGAAUGCUUUUGGAUUUAGUCCUAUUUUAUUUAUUCUAUAUAUAGACAACUAACAUAUAGAUUAUGGCUGACCUUGAAAAAAUGUUAUAAAAUAAAGCUGUUUAUGAACCUAUGAAAUAUAAAUCAUUUUUGUUUACCCUAAAAAUUUGUACAUGCAAUCAUUUUUUUAU